AUGCCUACUAUCGAAGACUACAGCGACCCCGAGGACAUGGACCUCGACCUCUCGAGCGUGCCCCCUCCCGCUCCCUCAGCCGCCGCGAAGGGCAAAGCACCCGCUCUCCCCGCCGACUUGCUGGGACCCGAACCAACGAUUCCCAAGGCGCUGUGGGUGCACCCGGACGCUUCACUGGGUAGACCACCUCACAACGACUGGACUGGAUGGGACACCCUGUACCCUCUCUACGCCGACGCGAAGCGACCGCAGCAGGAUGGAGGACGCCGUGUGAAUGCCAAGCUUGCGUUACAGUGGCCCCUUGCGGAGCAGAUGGCAAAGGCGUGCCGGGCACUGGGCUUCGAGGCGGUCUUCGAGCCCUUGAAGACGCAUCCGAAGGACUGGGAGAAUCCGGGACGGGUGAAAGUGCACCUCAAGGGCGAGGAUGGCAAGCCUCGCAAUCCGGCCAUCAAGAACAAGCGCAUCCUGCUCGCCCGGAUUUGCGCCCUGCUCGGCCCUCACCAGCCGCACGCGCCCGCACCCACCGAAGACAACCCUCACCCUCUUCCCCCGAUUCACCUCCGACUUCCCGCAAACUCCCCGGCAAUCUCUCACGGCACACUCGACCAGGCGAUGAAGGGCGGCGGACUAGGCGGGAUGCUCGGCGGCAUGUUUGGCGGUGGCGAGGACGACGAGGCGAUCGAGAAGGCGAAGCGGGACAAGGAGGAGGAGGACCGCAAGAAGCGCGAGCAGAUGCAGAAGAUGCUCAAGCCCAAGAAGGUUCACAUCAAGCGGCGGAGGUAG